AUGGCCAGCAAGGAAGCCGGGCAGGCAUUCGCCCCGGUCCUGGCGGCCGUCGCGACAAUGCAAGGUAAUGUGCCUAGGUCCGAGAAGACUCAAGCCCAUGAAUUCCUUGAGAAAUUCCAGAAAUCGAUUGAGGCCUGGACAACAACCCAUGCUAUAUUACAGUCCCCCGAUGUACCUGUUGAAGCCAAGUUGUUUGCGGCCACUACGCUGAAAGGAAAGAUCAUCUUUGAUCUCGAUCAACUUCCUUCGGAUUCAGUAUUGGCGCUGCGAGACUCGGUCCUCAACCUAUUGGUGGCAUUUGCGCCAGGCCCGCGUCCCAUUCAAACCCAGCUAUGUGUGUGUCUGGCUAGUUUAGCGAUUCAAAUGGUUGCAUGGAAGGACGUUCUGGCGACUGUUGGCGCAGCUUUGGGAAGCAGUGCAGGAGACUGCGUGCUGGAGUUCCUGAAGAUCUUGCCCGAGGAAGUCACGGAGGGUCGCAAGAUCAAUCUCAGCGAAGAUGAGUUGCUCUCAAGAACCAAGGAGCUCCUAGAAGACAAUGCAGAACAGGUCAUGCAGCUGAUGAUUCAGUACGCUCAAUCGUCGCCUACUGCCGCAACGAAUCCCCGUCUGCUCGACUGCAUUACUUCUUGGCUACGUGAAAUUCCCGCCUCCAAGGUAGUGGAAUCCCCUCUCAUGGACGUCAUCCUCAAGGCCUUGGAUAACGACGUAUCUUUUGACGCCGGCGUGGAUUGUAUUUGCACACUCUAUCGUGAUACAAAGGACGUGGACGAGUCCCUUCCUGUCAUUCAAGCCCUCUACCCACGAUUGAUGGCACUGCGCCCAAAAAUUGCCGAAACUGCCGAGGCCGAAGACUUGGAGGCUUUCAAGGGAGUCACACGAAUGUUCGCGGAGGCUGGUGAAGCCUGGGUCGUACUUAUCGCACGUCUACCGAAUGAAUUCCGCGGUCUCGUUGAGGCGCUUCUCGAAUGUUGCGCGCGGGAUUGGGAGCGCGAUGCCGUGUCUCUGACCUUCAUAUUCUGGUAUGAACUCAAGCAAUACAUCGCCAUGGAACGGUACAUCGAUGCUCGAGUCAACUUCCAGGUCAUAUUCUCCCAGUUGGUUGAUAUCAUGGUGAAACACCUCGAGUUCCCCAGCCCGGAAGAAGGCGAGGUUGACUUGUUUGGUGGAGACCGCGAGCAGGAAGAAAAGUUCCGUCAGUUCCGCCAUGCAAUGGGUGAUGUUCUUAAGGACUGCUGUGCUGUUGUGGGUGUGAACGAUUGUCUUGCUAAGAUUUACCAGUUGAUCCAGCAGUGGGUUGCCAAGUAUGCGUCGCAGGCAAGCAAUGAACAUGUUCCUCAUUGGCAAGAACUAGAGGCUCCUCUGUUCGGUCUCCGCGCCAUGGGUCGCAUGGUCGAUCCUCAAGAAAGUACUAUUCUUGGACAAUUGAUUCCUUUGAUCGUUCAGAUUCCCGACCAGGAGAAAGUACGCUUCCAGGCGAUCAUGGCGCUGGCCCGUUACACAGAGUGGACAUCUGUCCACCCCGAAACAUUGGAGGCUCAGCUUAACUAUGUGAUUUCUGGGUUCCACCACUCUUCUCCAGAAGUUGUGCAGGCCUCUGCUCUUGCAUUCAAGUUUUUGGGAACAGACUGUCAGAAGCUACUCGGUGGUCAUAUCGCGCAGCUUCACACAUUCUUCGAGUCAGUGCUUGACAAGCUGAAACCUGCCAGCCAGGAGGAAAUCACUGAGGGUGUUGCUGCAGUGGUCUCAGUGCAGCCCCAUGAGAAGAUCUAUGAAUCGUUCAAAAUGUUCUGCGAUCCGAUCAUGGCCCGAAUCAUGAAUCUUGCCAAUAACGCCCAGGACGAAGAAGGCCAGCGGGCCGUAGCUGAUCAUCUGCAGCUGAUCACUAUCUUUGUGCAGGUGGUGACACCCAUUGUUGCACCUGGAGAAGAAAAUCCUGCCGUCAAAUACUGCGGCGAGGUUUUGCCUAUCAUGACCACGAUUGUCAUGAAUUUCACGUCCUCUACACCCAUUCUCGAGCGCGUGUGCCGAUGCUGGCGGUAUAUGAUCAUCUCUUACCGCACUGGCAUGAUCCCUCUUCUGCCAACUCUGGCUGAAAGCAUUGCGAAUGGCUUCCAAGCCUCUCGUGAAGGUUGCUUCCUCUGGGCCACGGACGCGGUCGUGCGCGAGUUCUGUGAUGGUGCCGAUUACGUGGACCAGGCCACUAGCGAUGCCGUCUUCCAGUUCUAUGAACAGCAAGUUAUUGCUUUCCUGCGCAUCUUGAACGACCUACCCCCGCAGAAUCUGCCCGAUGUGAUCGAAGACUUCUUCCGUCUUUCCUCGGACGCUGUUCGAUACUACCCCAAAAAGUGUAUCACCUCGCCUCUUGCCAUUCCCAUCUUCUCUGCUGCGCUCAGUGCUCUCACUCUUCAACAAGUCGACCCUCUUAUCGCUACGCUUCAUUAUUACCGCGAUCUGUUCAGCUUUGCAUUUGAGAAGCCUAUGGUCUCCGGGUUCACUAGCCCGGAAGGCCAGCCUUAUAUUACCCCUCCUGAGGUUCGCGAGGCUGUCAAAGCCUUGAUCAUUUCUCAGGGCCAGCCUUUGGCGCAGCGUGUCUUGACAGGCAUGAUGUUCACUUUCCCUGGUGACUGCUUCCCCGAUGCAUCGGGAGUAAUGAUGACGAUGUUUGAGCUGCUUCCUCAGGAAACCGGAGCUUGGCUGCAGACUACACUGCAGAUGCUGCCAAGUGGCUCGAUAAAGCAAGGUGAGGCCGAGCGCCUCCUGAAGAAUCUCUCCGACAAAGUACAGUCAGGAGAGACCCGCAAAAUUCGUAUUCUCCUCCAAGAUUUCACCAAUUCGUAUCGCCGCCGCAAUGUAGCUCCACGCGAUGGACUUGGCCGCCUUGAGGCUACCCGAUUCCGAUUCAGCGGAUGA